AAAUUAUCUCUCAUGAAAUGGCUGCUAAUCAUGUGAUCACAGCUCCAGUCUUUAUUAACAGCAUACUAGUUCAUUUGUGGUCUCCAUCCCCCAUCUACUGGGCAUUUCAGACAGGAAGCCUAACCUCUUUGUAGCAUUGUCCUGCAUGCUGAAGAUGCUGUUCUUGUUAAGUGCAAUCAUAUAUAAUUAAGUAAAAAGCCCGGGCUUGGGAUGUGCAUCUGAUUCCGCCUUGGUUACGACUCAUCUGCGGGUAAACUAUUGUCUAUGGUAAUAAAAAAAUCAGGAGCGGAGAUGUCAUUUUCUCAGUUUGGAUAUCCAUACAAUGGCAACUCUCAGUUUUUGGUUUCUGCAAAUCCAAGUACAAUGUGUUAUGAUUCCUCAGUAUCUAGAUCUCUGCCUGAGGUCUCUACUACUUCUGCCCAAACCCCUACCAUCUGCUGUCCUUCUAAUGAGAACAGGCUACUGGUCAGCACAAGGACUGAUCUGAGUGCAGCUCUCGGAGUCUAUAACCCUCAGUAUACCACAGCCAGUUCAGGCUACACUAGUUACCUUUCUUGCAGUUCGGACCCAACAUCCUUAUAUUCUACUUUGACCUCACAGUAUGAAUUGAAGGAUGGUGCCAGCUCUCUGCAUCCAGGGAUAGCUCAGCCCGCUGCAUACUAUCCAUAUGAUCACUCCUUGGGGCAGUACCAGUACGACAGGUUUGGAACUCUGGAUUUUACUGUGUCUACAAGACGGAAAAAUGCAACCAGAGAAACCACAAGUACCCUUAAGACCUGGUUAUAUGAGCAUCGAAAAAAUCCCUAUCCAACAAAAGGUGAAAAAAUUAUGUUGGCAAUUAUUACAAAGAUGACUCUUACGCAAGUGUCUACUUGGUUUGCAAAUGCCAGAAGGAGGUUAAAAAAGGAAAAUAAGAUGACCUGGUCACCCAAAAAUAAACCUGCAGAUGACAGUAAAGAAGAAAAAAGUGAGACAGAUGAAUACAGAACUGAGGGUGACCAUCCAGAGGAGAAAAUAUGCAAAAACGAGAAGGAAAUGAUUCAAAGGAAUUUGGAAGACACUGAGGAAGAGUCAAACAACUUCCAGAGUGUAGACAAGAGCAUAGAAUGCCAUCAGGAUGUGGCCAGAUCCAACUUGUUUACUUCAGGGACAAGUGAAAGCAUUGUUACACAAAAUUACAAUGCAACCACCAAUCCAUGUAAUAAAGAAAAUACAGAAGACUUUUUGGGACUAAUGGUGGGGAAAAAAAGCUUUCAAGGAUACAGCGAACAAAUAGAACUGAAAGGUCAAUGAAGACAAGCAAAGAUGUUUCGGAAUACAGACAAGCCAGUUUUAUGGAAGACAAUGAAUUGCUAAGGACAGCAUUCAGACCGGUUAUGAAGAGAUUCAUCAAUCAGACCUAAAGAUACCAGAGGUUAUUGUUACUUCACAUCUGAAAUUGUCUGAGAUAUAAUAUGUCAAAAUAUUUUUCUUUGUUCAAUCCUCAUCCAUAAUUCUUCCAUAGCCAUGAUAACAUGCUCACUGACUGAGCUGUCCUGUUGGCUGUACCAGUAUAAUAAAUUCUGUAGUAUUGUUAUUUUGUUUUCCUAGACAAUGAUGCUUAAACUGGAGGCCAGUAUACUGCAAAUCUGUGGCACCCAAGAGAAAACAAAUCCCCCAAGAUAAUAAUCAGGAAUAAGAGCUGCUAUAUGCUACGUGUGCUACUUCAACAUAAUAAAAAGACAAUUCUGGGGAGCACUGUGACACUUUCCCUUCUCCAAUAGUUGUUUUGUUGCUUUGUUUAUGUAUAUUUAGUGAUAUGACCGCAAAUACCAUUGUAAAAAUGGCAUGAGUCUGUCAGUCACUUUACCUUGCCCUAACUGAAUUUCAUUUGUGACCCUUUGGUUGGAGUCAAUCCCACAUUUAAGACCCCCACAAUAUGUUGUGUUUACCACUAUUGCACUUUGUUAUUGAAUAAUCCAGUUCCCUGAUAGCAUAUAGCAUUAUGCUUUUACCCAGGCAGUUUUAUUCAAUAUUGUAGCAUCAAAGUCAUGAUCUGAACAAGGGAAUCUGGCUGAAGUUGCUCAGAUGUCAAUUUACAUACCUACAGCAUAUAAUUAAAUACUUUUUUCAGGCCCAUUAAAUUAUAUUGUGCUAUACUUUGCCAAUAUUACAAGUUCUACAAGACAUAGGCAAUGAUAUAAACA